UCCAGUUUGUUUGACACCUCUUCAACAACCAUGGUGCAAUGCGUCGGACUCUUGUGAACUGUAAUUUUGUGAGACAUUUAGCUGGUCUGGUGCCACAACAGACUACAAAUCCCAGGAUCCCAUAGCAGGGAACCAUAGCAGAUAAAGCAGGGCCAAACUGGAUUAUUCCUGCAGCAACACUCAAACCGCUAUGCCAGGCUGGCUGUUUAUACCCUCAUGGAAAGGCCUAGUGAUAGCCCUUGCUGCCCCACUGAAGAAUAAAUGCAAUUUACUUUAAUUUAUUUUAAUAAUUGCAUUUAUUAUUCAUUGGGGCAGCAAAGUUAUUCCUCCUUUGUCUCACCAGAUUUCUUAUAAUCUAUCACUAAAAGACCUGCUUCCACAUGGCAUAAUUAAUGCAGUUUGAUACUGCUUUAACCACCAUGGCUCCAUCCUAUGAAAUCCUAUGAUUUACAGUGCAAAAGGCCGAAUAGCUCAAAACAACCAAUCCCAGAAUUCCAUAGCAGUUAAAGCAGUGUGUCAAACUACAUUAAUUCUACAGUGCAAAUGCAGCCCUUGUUAUAGGAAAGACAGGGGAAGAGAAACAGGGCUGAAGAUUGGAGAAGGCUCCUAUACCUUUGAAGGUUAUUUAUUAAGGUUGCAUGGAAGAGGGGAUUUCAGCAAGCAAGACUUGCCUUGCAACCAAAUACAAGUUGUGUAUAGCAAGCAGUACACAACCUUUUCUACACAACCAUUCAAAGUACAAGAGCCCCCUCCAGUUUCCACUACAGAUUUUGACUGGAAGGGGUUAAAAUCAGAUAGUAUGGCUUCCUAGGGAAGCCCCUGCUUCCAGUCGAGGAGGCAGGGCCAUAGUUGUACAAAAGGAUCUGGUGAGAAACACAACAAAAUACACAAGCAAGGAGAUCUUUUUAUGGGCCAGAUCUGGCUUGGGUGUUACCAGUCAUUUUGCCAAUCUUUGCCAGACUGUAAAUCUGCCCAUAAAGGAAGAUCUUCCUUUCGCCAUGAUGGAACCUACCUUGGAGAACAGAGCCAAAAUGAAGAAGCAAGACUCAGAGGGCUCCAGGUUAACCAGACGGUUUCAUAAUGUUCAGGCUAACUACCAAGGAGAGUUCUUGAGAAGAAAUGUCCAGAAUCAUCUGGGAGAGGAUAGGCACCUUCUGGAUAUAAGCCGCCAGCACUUCAGAGAGUUUUGUUAUCAUAAGACCAAAGGCCCCCGAGACGUUUGCAGCCAGCUCCACAACCUUUGUUCCCAAUGGCUGAAGCCAGAGAGACACACCAAAGCUGAGAUCCUGGACUUGGUGAUUUUGGAGCAGUUCCUGGCUGUUCUGCCCCCAGAGAUGGCAAACUGGGUCAGUGAAUGUGGAGCGGAGACCAGUUCCCAGGCGGUGGCCCUGGCCGAAGGCUUCCUCCUGAAUCAUGCAGAAGAGUUAAAGGGAAAAGAGCAGCAGGCUUUGUUUGUGUCAGAGACGGAUGAGAAGGAGAGGCAUCUUCCUGAGACUGAGUGGAACAUGCAGGAUUGUGACAAAGCAUCUGUCUCAAUGGAAAAUGGGACGAGAUGGCAUAGAAGUACAAACACAUAUCUUCUCAGUGAUGCACUCAGAAAAGCUCCUGUGAGACUGGACCAGGUGACCUUUGAAGAGGUGGCUGUGAAUUUCACAGAGGAGGAGUGGGCCCUACUGGAUCCAGGCCAAAGGGCCCUCCAUAGAGACAUUAUGGACGAGAGUUUGAGGAUUGUGUCCUCUCUGAGUGGUGAUCAGCAAAACAGUGAGAAUGAGGGACAACCUAGCAGGGCACUGCUGCAAAGUGCCAGAUGUAAGCAGAAGAAAGAGAAUGAAAGAAAAACUGACCAAAAAGGCAACAGAAAGAACACACAUCAUACUUCUCAGGAUGGUGACAUCUCUGGAAUUUCAGUCCAGGGAAUAACAAGGAAAGGAAAAGAAAGGAGUAAAUGUCUUUGUCUCCUGUGUGGGAAGAGCUUUAGGUAUAAAGCAAGCCUUAUUCUUCAUAGAAACAUUCACACAGAGGAGAAUUCUUUCAAAGCUGUUGAGUGCGGAAGGACCUCCAGUGUAAGGAAAUGCCAUGAAAGAAUUCACACAAAGGAAAAAACAUUUAACUGCUUGAGGUGCGGAAAGAGCUUCAGGUGGAGGUCACACUUUGUGUCCCAUCAAAGAACUCACACAGGGGAGAAACCAUUCAAAUGUCUGGAGUGUGGAAAAUGCUUUACUUGGAAGAAACACCUCACUCGCCAUCAGGCAACUCACACAGGAGAGAAACCCUUUAAGUGCCUGGAGUGUGGAAAAAGUUUCAAUCAGAAGACAUACCUCACCUGCCAUCUAGUAACUCACACAGAGGAGAAACCAUAUAAAUGCUUGGAAUGUGGAAAAAGUUUUGGUCAAAGGAUAAGCCUCAGUCGUCAUCUGGCAACUCACACUGGAGAGAAGCCAUUUAGAUGUUUGGAGUGUGGGAAAAGUUUCAUUCAUAAAAUAAGUCUCACGGCUCAUCAAGCAACUCACACUGGAGAGAAACCAUUUCGGUGCUUGGAGUGUGGAAAGAGCUUCUCUCAAAAGCCUCACCUCACUCGCCAUUACAGAAUCCACACAGGAGAGAAACCAUUUCAAUGUUUGGAGUGUGGAAACAGCUUCAGUGGGAAAUCAGCGCUUAGGUCACAUCAAAGAAUACACACAGGAGAGAAACCCUUUGAAUGCUUGGAGUGUGGGAAACGUUUCAGGCAUAAAAUAAGCCUCACAUGUCAUCAAACAACUCACACAGGGGAGAAAUCGUUUAACUGCUUGGAGUGCGGGAAAAAUUUCAGGUAUAAAAUAAGCCUCACAUAUCAUCAAGCAACUCACACUGGGGAGAAAUCAUUGAAAUGCUUGGAGUGUGGGAAACAUUUUAUUGGAAAAGGACGUCACGCUUGUCAUCAAGCCAGUCACACUGGUGAGAAACCAUUUAAAUGCUUGGAAUGUGGAAAAAGCUUUAAUCAGAAGUCAGUCCUUAUGUCCCACCAAAGAAUCCACACAGGGGAGAAACCAUUUAAAUGCUUGGAGUGUGGAAAUAGCUUCAGGCAGAGGUCAGUCCUUUUAUCACAUGAAAGGACUCAUACAGGGGAGAAACCAUUUAAAUGUACGAUCUGUGGGAAAUGUUUUAGUCAGAAAGUAAGUCUCAAUUGUCACCAAACUACUCACACAGGGGAGAAACCAUUCCAGUGCUUGGACUGUGGAAAGAGCUUCUCUCAGAAGACACACCUCAGUCGUCACCACGCAACCCACACAGGGGAGAAACCAUUUCAAUGUUUGGAGUGUGGGAACAGGUUCAGUUGGAAGUCAGUGCUUGUGUCACAUCAAAGAAUUCACACUGGGGAGAAACCUUAUAAGUGUGCAGACUGUGGAAAGAGUUACAGACACAAAGUGAGCCUCACUCAUCACCAAGCAACUCAUAUAGGAAAGAAGCCAUUUAAAUGUUUGGAAUGUGGGAAAGGUUUCAAUCAGAAAAUACGCCUCACUCGUCAUCUCACAACCCACAUAGGGGAGAAAUCAAUUAAAUAGAGCUUCAGUCUAAAUUCCCACACUAUGUGACACCCAAAUAUUCACACAAGAUAGAAACCAUAUUAAUUCAUGGAGUGUGGCAAAGAAAGAAAGAAAGAAAGAAAAUAAUGUGAAAGAUGUUACUCUACAUGGGGAGCAUUUAAAAGUUUAGGACAUUUAUGGAUUUUUAGGGAGGUCUUAAACCUUGUGUAGCUUCUCUGCUAGUAAUAAUGUGAAUUUUUUUUGUGUGUGAAAAGACCUAUGCUCACAGUUCACACCUUAGAUCUACUGUACAUAUCCAUGUAUAGAAAUUUUAGUCAAAAAUUGACCCAAAAAACCUGGGUCGACUUAUCCAUAUACACUAUAUGUAUGUAUACAGUCAGCCCUUCUUAUACACAGAUUUUUUUAUACAUGGAUUCAAGCA